AUUAUACAUUUUAGUAUGAACAGGUGUUCGGAAUGGAGAUACCAGCCCACGUUUUAGUGUUCGCCUAAACCAGCCGCCUGGAUCCAAACGUCCGUGAGACUCCACGCCCUGUUUUCCGGGGAGCCCGAUGAGAUCCAGCCCUCCAGCGCCACCACCACGCUGCUCCCUCACGUCCCGACCGUGAGCAGCGAGCCCCGGCCGAGAUUCGUCUCUCUGCCUGGAUGACAUUCUUUUCUCCCUCUCAAGUGGCCGCGUCUCGUUGUGUGCUGGCGGCGGACAUUGGAGAGGAAAAGUCGGCGUGUUAGCGCCUCUUCUCCCACAGCAGCCUCGCCUGUUCGCUGCGCCUCGGCGGUCAUGGAUUGAUUGUUUUUUUUCCUCCUUCGACCUCUGCGUCCACCAAGUUGAGAAAAGAGUCUUUAUAACCCGCGGCUCUUUCUUUCCAAGCUCCAUGUUUCAUCCGGACUCUUCUUUAACUACCUGGCACCGGAUGAGUCUGAGCGGGUUGGCUCUUUGAACUUUUUUCUUUGCUUCCUUCUUUUGAGGGGAUUUUUUUUUUUUUUUUUUUUUGGGUGUAAGGAUUUCUUUCAAACCCCGGGAUUCGUGAAGUCUGCAAAUAUUUAUUCGUGAAAAGUGAUGGCUGAGCGGGGAGCUCUGGGGCUCCUCUCUCUCCUCUCCUGGCUCACCUUUCUGUGCACGGCUGCAAAGCACGUCGACAAAGCAUCUGCGCCACAGCCUUUCAGCCCCUUCUGGUUCACAGUGGAGCCCCAAGACACGGUGGCAGUCCGGGGCAACGCUGCGCUGCUCAACUGCUCGGUGCACAGCGAUGCGGCCACACCAGCACGUAUGGAGUGGAAGAAGGACGGCACCUUCAUGAGUCUGGUUUCAGACGAGAGACGGCGCGUCCUUCCCGACGGCUCCCUGCUCUUCACCCACGUGGUUCACUCGAAGCACAACAAACCCGAUGAGGGCACCUACCAGUGUGUCGCCACCAUCGAAAACCUGGGAUCCAUUUCUACUCGUACAGCGCGCCUCGUUGUUGCAGGAAUGCCCAGGUUCGUCAGCCAGCCAGCGCCGACCACUGUGCGUCUGGGAGACAGUCAGGUCCUGGCGUGCGAGAUCAACUCGGACCUCUCGCCCUUCACUCGGUGGGAGAAAGACCGUCAGCCCCUGGAGCUCGACUCAAGGCUGGUGCAGUCACCCAGCGGUGCUUUGGUAAUCAGCAAUGCCACCGAGAGCGAUACUGGUCUUUACCGCUGCUUGGUGGAGAAUGUGGGGUCGUCAAAGUCCAGCGAGGAGGCACAGCUGCAGAUACUGCCAGAAACCGGAGACGAGAGGAAGCUGGAGUUCCUUAUGCAGCCUGCGCCUGCGACUAAAGUGCUAGGUACCAGCAUCCUCCUGCCCUGCGUGGCCACCGCUUUCCCAACACCGCGUGUUCGAUGGAUGUUUAAAGACAAGCUUCUAGAGGAAAGUGAGGGCCGAGUGGAAUUGCUCGGCGGUGGCAGUCUUAAGAUUUCCAAUCUGACCAAAGACGACGAUGGCAUCUACACCUGUGUGGCUGACAACACCAACGCAACUAUCGAAGCCCAGGCCCAACUCACUGUGCAAGUUCCACCCCAGUAUGCGAAGCGGCCAGCCAACAUCUACGCCCAUGAGUCCAUGGACAUCGUGUUUGAGUGCGAAGUGUCGGGUUCCCCGGCCCCGACUGUGAAAUGGGUGAAGAAUGGAGACGCUGUCAUCCCGAGCGACUACUUCAAGAUAAUUAAGGAGCACAACCUGCAGGUUCUGGGCCUGGUCAAGUCUGACGAGGGUUUUUACCAGUGCCUGGCGGAAAAUGAUGCAGGAAACAUUCAGUCCAGCGCACAACUCAUCAUCUUGGAUCACGAUGUCGCCCUGCCCCCUCUCCACCCCCCCUCGCUGACUCCUAACACUACUGACCAUGUAACGCCAGGCUCCGGAGGUGUGGCCGGUCAAGCAGGGCCCACUCCCUCCGCCCCCCGCGAUGUGGUGGCUUCGCUGGUUUCCACCCGCUUCAUCAAGCUCACCUGGCGCCCGCCGGCUGAACCGCACGGAGACGAUCUAACCUACUCUGUUUUCUACAGCCAGGAGGGCACCAGCAGGGAGCGAGUUGUAAAUACAAGCCGACCAGGGGAGAUGCAGGUCACCAUCCAGAGCCUGAUGCCAGACACCAAAUAUCGCUUCAGGGUUGUGGCCCACAACGUUAAUGGCCAGGGAGAAAGCUCUGCAGGGCUAAAGGUGGCCACCCAGGGUGAAGUCCAAGUGCCCGGCCCGGCCCCCAACCUGCAGGCGGCGUCGAAUACGCCAACAUCCGUCACUCUGAGUUGGGACAAGCCCCUCACAGGCAACGGAGAGAGCCUCACCUACAAGUUGUUCUACACAGACAAAAUCAUUGGCAGUGAACAGGAUGUUGACGUUGACAGUCAGUCAUACACAAUGACCGGGUUGAAGAAGAACACGCAGUACAGUUUCCGUGUGGUCGCCAACAACAAGCACGGACCAGGAGUCUCGACCGAUGACAUCACAGUCCGCACACUGUCUGAUGUGCCAAGUGCCCCUCCUCAAAAUUUCACUCUGGAGGUUCAGAACUCAAAGAGCAUCAUGCUACGGUGGCAGCCCCCGCCGUCAAAUUCCCAGAACGGGGAAAUCACCGGCUACAAAAUCCGAUACCGCAAAGGAUCACGACGAAGUGAGACAGCGGAAACCACCGGGGGAACCCAGCUUUCCAAGUUCAUUGACGGUCUAGAACGUGGGACGGAGUAUUCCUUCCGCGUGUCAGCCAUAACAGUGAACGGCACAGGGCCGGCCACCGACUGGACCGCCGCAGAGACGUUUGAGAGUGACCUGGAUGAAUCGCGAGUGCCCGACCAGCCCAGUUCACUUCACGUCCGUCCACUGGUCAACAGCAUCGUGGUGAGCUGGACGCCGCCGGAGAACCAGGACAUCGUUGUACGGGGUUACACCAUCGGCUACGGCAUCGGCAGCCCUCACGCUCAGACCAUCAAAGUGGAUUACAAGCAGCGCUACUACACCAUUGAAAACCUGGACCCCAGCUCCCACUACGUGAUCACACUCAAGGCCUACAACAAUUUGGGUGAGGGGAUUCCUGUGUACGAGAGCGCCAUCACCAGGCCGCAGUCAGACCCCAUAGACCCCGAUGUUGACCUGUACGAACUCUUCCAUGCUCCAUACACCCCAGUACCAGAUCCCACCCCCAUGAUGCCGCCUGUGGGCGUUCAGUCAUCCGUGCUGAGCCACGACACCAUCAAGGUGACCUGGGCGGACAACUCGCUGCCCAAGAACCAAAAGAUCACAGAUAGCCGCUACUACACAGUGCGGUGGAAGACCAACAUCCCUGCUAACACUAAAAUGAAGGCGGCCAACGCCACCAGCCUGAACCACGUGGUGACUGGACUGAAGGCCAACACGCUCUACGAGUUCUCCGUCAUGGUGACCAAAGGCCGCCGCACCAGCACAUGGAGCAUGACAGCCCAGGGCACCACCUUUGAAACUAUUCCGAGCUCCUCCCCCAAAGAUGUGACAGUGGUGAGCAAAGAGAACAAACCUCGCACCAUCAUCGUCAACUGGCAGCCUCCUUCUGAGGCCAAUGGAAAGAUCACAGGUUACAUCAUCUACUACAGCACGGACGUCAACGCAGAGGUCCACGACUGGGUUAUCGAACCUGUGAUGGGCAACCGUCUAACCCACCAGAUCCAGGACCUGACUCUAGACACUACCUACUAUUUCCAGAUCCAAGCUCGAAACUCAAAGGGCACGGGUCCGAUGUCUGAGGCUGUACAGUUUAGAACCCCAAAGACUGAGUCCUCUGACAAAAUGGCUAAUGACCAAGCCUCAAAUCUCCCAUCCAAGCCUGGACCUUCGGGCAACCAACUUCCCAUGGAUCCUGGGUCAGCAGUUGGCAAAUCAGGGAUGGGAAACAGUGAAAAUCACAUCUUGGUCAUCGUCAUCAUCAUCUCAGUGGGAGCGUUCACCAUCAUCGUGGUGGUGGUGGGGGCCUUUCUUUGCACACGGCGCACCACAUCCCACCAGAAAAAGAAGCGGGCGGCUUCCAAGUCCUCCAACGGCUCGCACAAAUACAAGGGGAACUCCAAGGACCUGAAACCGCCCGAUCUUUGGAUUCACCACGAGCGGCUGGAGCUCAAACCGAUGGACAAGUCGCCGGAGCCAAACCCGGUCAUGACCGAAACGCCCAUCCCACGCACCUCCCAGGACAUCACUCCAGCUGACAGCGGCAUGGACGCCAAUCCUCACCUGCAGCAGAGGCGCAACUCUUAUCGGGGCCAUGAAUCAGAGGACAGCAUGUCUGCACUUGCAGGCCGGCGGGGGAUGAGGCCUAAAAUGAUGAUGCCUUUUGAUGCACAGCCACCUCAGCCUGUAAUUAGUGCUCAUCCCAUCCAUUCCCUUGAUAACCAUCAGCACCAUUAUCACAUGGGCAGCCUGGCGUCGCCAACACGCAGCUACCUCUACCACCAAGGCGGCGGGCAUUCCCGCCCACACGCCUGUGCCACCCCCAUCUCCCAUCUAAACAGGGUGGACUCCACAGAGUCCGUGAGGAACACGCCUUGUUCCGAGCCCCUUCCGCCGGCCGCCUCGUCUUCGCAGGCCUCCUGCCCCUCAGAGAUCCUGGUGGACCCCGAGGGCAGCUACCACGGCUCCACCACCACAGAGGAGGAGUCGUGCUACACCAGCAACCUGCCCCCCCUGCGCUCAGCCCACCCCCACGCUCACGCCCACCCUCUGAAGAGCUUCGCGGUCCCCGCCGUCCCGGCGACCGGUCACCCCUCCUUUGAGUCCCCUGCCCUGCCCAGCACGCCCCUGCUGGCCCAGACUGGUCCCCCUACGCACCCCCAUGUGGUCAAAACAGCCUGCAUCGGCACUCUGGGAAGGACUCGAACUCCGAUGAUCGUCACUGUGCCCAAUGCCCCCGACGUCCCAGAGACCAGCAAGAUGCUUGAGGACGUAGAUAGCGUGCUUGCCUCCCUGGCCCCCUGCCCCUCCCCCGCCCCCCGCAGUAACCCUGUUCCUCUCCCCCAGAGCUACGAGCCCGACGAGUUGACCGAGGAGAUGGCCCACCUCGAGGGCCUCAUGAAGGACCUGAACGCCAUCACCACAGCGCCGUGAACACGCACACACACACACACACACACACACAUACACACACACACUCAUAUUAAAGAAGCCAGUGGACAUAACAUGACUUCUUGACUCCGCCCCCUUAAAAAAAAAAACAUUUUCCCGGCGUACCGUUCCCAAGUCUCAGGAAGGACGUGAGACACUUCAUCUUUUUACGAAGAGCUUUGAACUUUUCAUGACGUGGCGCCGACACGUCAUGUGACCAUCGCUUCCUUUUACGCUUCCACACCGCCCCUCCCCCCUCCUUUCUAUGUUAUUAUAUUCCGUCUUUUCUACGCGCGUCAGCGGGAUGCGAGCGCUGCUUAGAACCGAGCAUCCCUUCUAGAACGUUUGCAGGUCACAUGGGACUGGACCGCCGCUGCCGCCGGACUCAGGGUGCUAACCCCCCCCCCCCCCUCCUUCUCACACGCCCCCCCUGUUGCAGUCAAACAAUCGCCUACAACUACAGUUGUCUUUUAUACGAAACAUUGACUGUGUGUGUCGUUUCCACACAAAAAGUCACGACGUGUGUGUGUGUGUGUGUGUGUGUGGAGUUUACGCGGCUUCUUCCAACGCAGCGCGAUGGUUCGAUUCCACACGUUUGUUUACAUCAGGGGUGUCCAAAGUGUGGACUCACGGGCGCCGUUUUAUUAUUCAUUUGCUUUGUCGGACAUGUAUCGACUUAUUUAGCGUCAAAACGGUGCAUCCUUUUGAUUUCUCCUCCUACGGCCCACGCUGGAAAGUUUGGACACUCCUGAUUGGUUUUUUUUGUUUUUUUUCUACAAACCUGAUGUCAAGUCUCGUUUCCAUCCCCCUGCUGCCCAAAGAAAAGUCAUUUGCAACAAAAAAAAAACAAAAAAACAAGUACUUUGGUGAUGUCUCUCAUAAAUGUCCAUGGUCAUGAAUGUCAGUAGAACUGCAAGAGAUGUGAAGAUGGGAACAUUUAUGGAGGUCCAAAACAAAAACAAACACAAAAAAAAGCACCAGACUCCAUUUGGGAAAGAUUCUAUUGAGUUGUAAACAGUUCACCUGUAUUGCACUUUUUCACACUUUUUGAAAAGUACAUUUCUUACAUAUCUUGUGUUUUGAAUAUCAAAUGCUGUUUGUGUAAUGUAGUGUCCUAGGUAAGCAGCAGGCAGCUGGUCUUGUUUUGGGUUUUUUUUUGUUUAAUUUCUGCUCCAGAGAUGAUAGGAAUUUGAGCCGACACGCUCAUGACGAGGAAUUCUGUUGUCGCUUGUUCAUGUACAGAACUUUCUUUUGCUUUCUGUAGGAAAACAAAAAAAACCACAUCUGUGGCUUUUUAAGAAAACGAGGAAAACUUGUUUGGGAAAAAAUGUGUUUUUUGUUUUUUUUAUUGAUGUACACAAACUAUUAUGAAUACUAACAAAAUAAACGUCUCCGAUUGUUUUCUUUCAUCAAGAGUGCGAGAGAAUAAAGCAGGCGAGAAGUGAACUACAUGGAUCAUCUGUUGGAGCCAAGGAGUGUGCAGGUGUACCUAAUGAUGUGUCUUUUGUGUUCAAUGUUUCUGCAAGUCCAAAUCAGGAUCAAUAAGUUCAAUCAGGAAGGAGCCCAGAGACCAUUGGUGGA